GGGGGAAGAGGUUUAAAUAGUAGGUUCCAAAUCAUUUCAAAGUAACAGUUUACGUUUGGAUUCAAACUUGUGCUGUUAUUUUAUAUUUUUUGUGUGUCUCUCCAGUUUUUUGAGAAUUCAAAAAUGCGUACAGGACUAGCAUUUAUUUUUCUCCUUAUGCUCUUUGGAGUGAUGUCAUUUAGACCUCCACCCCCACAAAAUCCAUAUUUUGAGGGUUAUUUCUCAAUCGACAGGCGUAUACCUAACAUCUGUUUAGGGUACAUUUACCCUAAUAACCCCGGUAAUCCUGGAUCGGGCAUUGGAAGUUCCGGACCUGGCAGUUCAUUGGGAAGUGCCAGACCUGGCAGUUCAUUGGGUGACAGUUUACAAUCUGGUGGAUCACUUGGUGUUGAUUCUUCAUUUGGUCCACGCCGUAGGUUCUUACCAAGUUGUAAGUGUCUUUAAUCAUGACUGAACGACGGUAGAGGCGCUGACUGUCCUCUAGUAAACAAUUUGUAUUGUAAAAUAAAAAAGCAGCACAUAAAAUAA